CAUUUUGGCUCAAAUAGGCUCAGUGCUUGUCAGAACCAUAGACAGUAAAAGAAACACGGUCAGAACACGGAACGGUUUGUAUUCAAUAUCACAAAAUUGAAUUAGAAAUGAAAUUUACGCAUAAGCAAAUUAAAACUUAGCUCGAAAUGCAGUUUUGAAAAAUACUGCUAGUGUAAAAAUGCCGCGUUAGGUUUGUGCAACAGAUACAGUAUUUUCAUCCUGGCGGUUCUGACACUUACAUGCUGACAUUAGUGCAGCAUACGCCUUGUUAGUAUGGACGUGUCCUGCCCACUGGUUUCCGCCGCCUCGGAUGGCGACCGGUCCAGUUCGGAGGGAGAGUACACGGUAGCGAACGGACCCGCUGUGAGAGACGGCGAGAACCGGGAGGAGGAGGCGCCUGAGGCUGCAGGUGCGGUCGGGUUCAGUAUCUCGCGCCUGGACACGCUGAGCGCGCGCAGACUCAACCGGACACGAGCGUGCGCGGACACCGAGCUCCGGUACCUGCACCUGCUGUGGCAGCCCGGUGAGCUGCUGCAGGCGGGACGGAGCUCACCGGGCAAGAUCACAUCGAGCAGGGUGAGGCGGCUGGGAAGAGCCCGGAGGAACAUGGGGCCCAUGGGAAAAGACCUGUAUGCUGUGAAGAGGCUCAGAGAAGCUGCCAACUCCAAUGAUAUUGACACGGUUCGUAGAUUGCUGGAAGAGGACACCGAUCCUUGUGCUGCUGAUGACAAGGGCAGGACAGCCUUACACUUCUCCUCCUGCAAUGGCAACGAGAGUAUCGUUCAGUUGCUGCUGAGUUAUGGUGCUGACCCAAACCAGAGAGACAGCCUUGGAAAUACACCACUGCAUCUGGCUGCCUGCACCAACCAUGUGCCUGUCAUCACAACCUUACUCCGGGGAGGUGCCCGUGUUGAUGCUCUGGACCGUGCUGGAAGGACUCCUCUUCAUCUGGCCCGUUCAAAGCUCAACAUCUUACAAGAGGGAGACUCACGUAGCCUAGAAACCCUCAGAGGAGAGGUCACACAGAUUAUUCAGAUGCUGCGGGAAUAUCUGAAUGUGAUGGGACAGAGCGAAGAGAGGGAGAAACUGGAGCACAUCUCAAACCAGCUGCAGAACACAUGCACCAGAGAACAGGUGGACGAGGUGACCGAUUUACUGGCCAGCUUCACGUCUCUCAGUAUUCAGAUGCAGAAUACAGGAGACAGGUAGAGAGAUGGAUGGAAGAAAAGACAUGGAGGAUGAGACAACUGUGGGUUUUAUAGAAACUAUUUAUAUACAGUUUAUAUAUUAAUGACAUGCCAACAUAUACAGCACAACUGUGUAAUUAUGGUCAUUUAAAUCCAACUUUACCUGAGAAAAUUCGAAAUUGCCUUCAUUUUAUUUUUGUUCCUGAAACAAUUCUCAUUCGUUUCUGUUAUGCCUUUUUUGUAGCCUGUUAUGUCGCUGUUUACUGUAUAUUAAUUUUUGUUAAGUGACUGAAAGAGCCAAAUAAAUGACAUAAUGCCAA